AUGUUAUAUUCUUACGAAGCUGAAGAAUUAUCAAAAAAAGUUAUGGAACAAAAUAUUGAAUUACAACAUGAAAUUGAAACAUUUCGUUCUAAACUUGAUUAUAUUGUAACAUAUAUUAAUCAAAAAUUGGAUCAACAAAAAACAAUAACGACAACAUCAACAUCAUCAUCUUUAUCUAUACAUCAAUUGGUAUUUGAAACUAUGCAACAAACAGAAAUGAAAUUACUUGAAUUUAAAUUAAAAUUUAUUUCACAACAAGAAGAAAAUGAUCUUUUAAAAUAUUUAAUGGAAAAAUCACAAAAUAUAUCAGAUAUUGAACAAACAAAAUUAUUUUCUAUUAUUCAACAACGUUCACUUGAACGUGAAAUUGAUCUUGUUCGUCAAGAACUUGAAAUUACAGAGAAAAAAACUAUUCAAUUUGAACAAACAUUUGAUAAUUCAGAUGAAGGAAUUAAAUUUCAUAUGGAAAAUCUUAAAUUAAAAUGUGAUGUAUUACAUAAACAUAUUCUAACAUGUAGUCAACGAUUAGAUGAUAUUAAUAAACAAAAUCUUAUGAAAUUAACAAAUGAAAAUCAAAUAUUAAAAAUUAGAACUCAACAUGAAGAAUCAAAUAUUGAUAAUAAACAUAUUGAACUUGAAUUUGAAUUAUUACGUUUACGUGAACGUUAUAGUGAAUUAAUUGAACAUACAAAUACACUUAAAUAUGAAUUAAAUAAUGCAGAAAAACAAUUACAUGAAAAAGAAAAAAUUGAGCCAAAUUUAAAUGUUGAUUUGGAAAAAGAACGACGACGUGCAGAUGAAUUUGAAAAUGAUUAUAAAUCUUUAAAAAUAAAAUUUGAUGAUGUAUGUGAACGUAUUCGUAUAGCUACACAUCAAUUAGAACAUGUACAAAUUGUACUUGAAGAAACAUCACGUCGUUGUGAACAAUUAGAAAAAGAAAAGUCCGAAAUUAAUGCUCAAUCUGAAUAUCUUUCACAAAAUGUUCUUAAUGUAACAUCAAAAUAUAAAGAUAAAUUAAAUAUAAUUAAAGUUCGUUUAGAACAAGCAGAACAUAAAAGACAUGAAGUACAACUUCGUAAUGAAAAAUUUCAAAAUGAUAGACAACCGUUUGAUGUAAAAAAUGAUGAAAUACGAGAAAGUGUUAUAGUAACAAAAAUAUUUGAUGUUAAAAUUAUUCCAUCAGAUCAUUCAUUAUCGGAUGAAUAUGAAAAUCGAUAUUUAUAUGAAUUACAACAAGAACGAAAGGAAUUAAUGAGAAAGAUGCAAAAUGAAAAUGAACAAACGCAACAAAAAUUAUCUGAAUCAAUGCGUCGUUCAACAAUUGAUUCAUUAGUACAAGAAAAUCCAACUAAUUAUACAUAUUCAAAUUCUCAAAUACAAACAAAUGUUUUAAGGUUUAUCGAAACAAAAAAAAAAUUU